AUGUUGAUUCCGGUGUGCAACGAGCGGUUGCCGGUCCGGCUCGAGAUAUGUGUGCUUUCUGCGAAAUCUCUGCCGGUUAUGAACAAGAGUAUAAACUCGACGGAUGCGUUUGUGGAAGUCCGCUUCUUGGAAACAGUGGACAAGACAGAAGUGAUCACCAGUUUAAACCCAGUAUGGAAUAGUGAACAAGUUGUGUUUGAUACUGAUGAGAAAGAGCUAACAGAAGAAUGGCUCCAGCUAAGAGUAAUGGACCAUGAUACUUACUCAGCCAACGAUGCUAUCGGAAGAGUUAACAUUGACUGUAAUAUCUUUUUGGAGAGGAUGCGACUGACGAAAACAGAUCAGCUGGAAGAAACGAUCACAAUGCGAGUGUACGACACGAUUUAUGGAAAUCGAGGAGAAUUGACGGUGGCCAUCAAAAUGCACCUUCUCAUGCAAUACCAUCCUAAAAACUAUGUUCACAUCAUGUCCGCUAACACUGUUCCCACAAACUUCAAAAUCUCCGACGUUUAUGGCCUGGUGGAUCACAUCCGAUGUGAGAAGGAUCCGGAUUAUGAGUGGCUGGACAAAAUUCGUACACCUCGAGCCACUAAUGAAGCCCGUCAGAGUGCAAUUCGAGUCACGAUGCGCGAUGCCAUAAUGGGACUUGCACUGAAAGCCUAUAAAAUGGGAGGAAACGCUAUUAUAGGACUUCUGGAGUCAGUGGAUAUGGAAGGGUCCGCAUCUGAUUUGCUGACGUGCCGACUGAUCGGAACUUGCAUAAAAGUGGUGCAUGACAACUUCCAACCUCCACCAUAUGGGAGACCAAUCAAGCCAAUUCUGACGAUAGACAAGUUACCCAUGGAGAGACAAAUUGGUCUUGGUUCUCUCCUCACUGCUCGCUCUCUGCAACUCCUGAACGAAAACGAGGACCCUGAAGCAAUCCGCCGUAGCUAUUGGGUGGCUCUGAGAGCGGAGAUUUUUCAGCAAGCAAGGAGUAUAGGCUGCAAUCUGAUUGUUGGUUACACAGAGUCGGUCAUAGUGAAUGAAGGUGUCGCUUUGCUCACGUGCACAGGAACUGCAGUGGUGCAGUCUGAUGGAUCAGAGGCAAUUGGUGGCAAUGAGUCAAGCGCCAGGAAUAGUCCAGUGGUCGUUAGGGAUUCUUGUGAGAAGGAGAUUAAGGAGAAGAAAGCGCUUUUUAAGUUCAAUGGAUCAGAAGGACGCGAGAAACGAUCGGAUUCAGCGCCACGAGCAUUCCGAUGCAAUCAAUUUCAUGCUCCAACCCACGAAACAAAGUAUAUGACUCCUUUGAAAAGUUUGCCAUGUGCAUAUUGCAAAGGUGGUCUCGUCUCCGAAUUCGUGCUCUCCACCCAACAAUGCCCUCCACCCCAAUACUACGCCGGUCCACGCAACUUCAUUCAAGUCUCCGUGUGUAAGAAGAUUGCAAGUGACCCAAACGAAACGCAAGACUAUGCUGCAGACAUUGGAAACGCUCUUCCGUACUCUGACCACGAAUUGAUUGGCAACUUGCUGACCGAGGCGAAAAGUGUUUAUCCGUUGGGAAACGCAAUCUUCUCGCUCGACAUCACUAACGCCAUUUGUGACGACUCGCUGGUGUGCAUUAUUACCGGAGUGCUGGUUCGCCUCUUAGUCAUACAGGUUUGUAAAACGGAAGCAGCAUCGCCAUCAAUCACCAACGUCCUUUCCUUCUCCUCUCUUCAACGACAACACGACGCUCGUCGAUUCUCAUGGGGAACCGUACGAGAUGCGAUCCGAUUCAAACCAACUGUCCAGUCAAACCUGACAUUGAAAAUACUCAACAUUAAUCCGACGGAAACAGCACAAGGAAUAUGUGUCGCAUGUGGUUUUCGAGCGGCAUAUGAGUCUCUCGAUUGGCAUACACGAGAAUCAAAGCGCAGGCAACGCUACAUCGGUAUCAAUACUAGAAAAUCGAAAGAAAAAACAAAAAUAGAACAUUUUCAGAUCGCUGGCGUCCACCUCUCCAACUCCUUGUACCCAAUUUUUGUGAACAAAGAUGUUAUUGAUGGAAUGCUGCCCGUUGCCCGAUUCUCUGAUGUUUUUGUCAGAGAAGACCUCACCACAGCGGUGCGUGAUUCAACAACGGUCGAUGGUUUUGUAACCAACGCACUGGAGGAACGAAUAACAACCAUCAAGUCAAUCCUAUCUCUUGGCGGAUCAAACGCCGUCGUGGCAAAUAUGAAAAUCUCGUGUCCACAGUUUAAUGUCUCUAAAGAACAUGCUCAUAUCAUCCUACUAGUUAGCGUGGAUUUCUAUAACAUGCCAUGA